AUGUGUCUGGAAUGGCAAGUUAUCCGGAGGACGCCCUUCGGCGAGCCUGACCGUGGCGGGAUGCAGAACAACAGCGCGCUCCGGCAGGCGGCGGUGUGGAACCCGGACGAAGCGUAUGACCCUAUGCGCCCGAACGACUACAACGAGUGCAAGACGUGGCAGCGGCGGGAGCGGGAGGAGCGUAGGGAGCGGCUGCUGGAGGAGAAACGGCGGGGAGAGGACAGGAAGCGGUACCGGCGGAGCAGCAGUUACUCGGACAGCUAUCACAGCGCAUCGGAGGAGGAGAGGCCGCGAAAGACCGGACGAUAUGAAGAUCGGAGCAGGAACGAGCAGGAGGAGUACGGGCGCUCUGUUGGAAUCGGGCUUGCAGGCUUCUCAGCCCUCCACGUCGACAUUCACACCCUCGGCUUCCUCGUCCACACUUCCGCCGUCGUCAUCCUCGGAUUUCGAAUACCACGGCGGCGCUCGGCAAUCUACUCCAGCCCCAGCGCUACUGCCACACGCUAG